AGAACGCGUCUUUUGUUAAUUAAUCAAUAAGCAUGCCGAAUAUACCAACAGAAGUUUUCACCCUCGUGUACACGCAUUUAUGCAGAAAUGACAUGUUACAAUGUGCCCUGGUUUGCAAAGACUGGAAAGAAACAGCAAUGGCCUCUUUUUAUAAAAACUUGGACUUGAAGGUUUAUAACACCUUUCUGACGAAAAAGCUGUUAAAGCUGCCUGCAGUCGAAAGAAAUAAUUGUUUUCAGUAUGGUCUAUUCACAAAGAAGUUAAACAUCGGGAAUGAUAAGGAAGAAUUUAUCCAUUAUUCAAGAGAGCUUGAUGAAAAUUUGGUAAAGGAGGAUGACUGCAGAUUUGAUAAGGAAGAUUGGGUUCAGCUACUGGAAUAUCUACCGAACUUGCAGGAGCUAGAUUUAAGUCGUAGUUGUAAUGGCGAAAUAUAUCUACAGUAUAUUUAUGAAACCGAUUCCAAAAAGGCCUUACUUAAAAUACAAAAAAUCAAACCAAUUGAUCAAAAUCCAUUUUCAUAUAGAAGGGAACCUCUAAGCCUUCUAUUCGCUGUCUGUUAUAAGUAUCGAGCAUCCAUCACAACGCUAAAAGUUGCAUUUGUCGAUCCAGUUUUCAGCUUUGGUUUUAUUUCUGGUCAAGUUAUUACGUUGUUAAAUGAUUUCAAGCGUUUGACAUGUUUGACCUUGACUAACGAAUGUGAUGAAUCAUUGACAACACUAGACCUUCAAGCUUCCUGCCCUCUUCUAGUUUCAUUAGAUUAUUACAGUGACUACAAAGUGCCGGAUGAUAUCUUUAAAGAGAUACUCGAUAAUGAAGUGAGCAAUGAAAAGAAUGUAAAAUGCAGCUUAAAAAAAAUGGUGAUUUCCGGCGCCUCUAUUCCAAAAUAUUAUAGCAGAUAUAUUAUUGAUUAUGUGUCUCCAUACUUGGAUGUUUUUAAUUUGAAUAUGUAUGAACAUGAUCUGUACGACUGGGUUGACUAUAUUGGUUAUGAGAAUGCUUUAAAUUUUUUACGUAAUAUGAACACUAUUGAAGAAGCUGGCGUCCAUUGGCAUCCGGAUAAAUAUUACGAAAGAGCAUCCACCAAUACUGGAUCUGACGCCACCAUUUUCUUUACCUUAUUAAAUGCAUUUAAAGGAGAUAAGCAGAUUUAUUGCAAGGCUGAUUAUAGUGAUUUUAGGCCACGGCACAAAGGAAUGGUAAACACAAAAGAUGAUUUAUGUGUCGAAUAUGGAUUGAGUUAUCAUGAUUACCUCCAAAUCAAUGAAAAUGUGCAAAAUGACUCUGAUGAAGACAGCGACGAAGAAACUGACGUGCGUCUAUCAAAUCGAACAGUACAGAUUAAAUUGCCCGAUACAUCUAUCUCAAGCAUUGGGCCAGAGAUCAUACACCAUUUGAGUGUGACUAUGUGUAAUAGUAACCCUGAUUUACCCGUAAAUUUCUUGCGAUAUGCAUUUUCAAACUGUCCAAAUCUUCAAUGCUUUUUUUACUACUCAAUGAAUGAUCCUUAUUACCGUAUCUGCGUUGGUAACAGCAUCGAUAGCGGUUUACACUCGAAAGAAAAAAAGAACAGCUUGACCAAUACAGCCCAAGAAAACAUCACGGUAGCUAAAUUCCAAAAUAUGCUUCCAUCAGAAGAAAUAAUGGAGCUUUUAAAUACGCACUCGCCUCGUAUCGAAACUCUUGUUUGUGGUUGCAAAAAUCGUUACACGGACCCCCCAAAAGUGAUGGAAACCGACUUGACUCAGUUGAGCCACUUAAAAGUGUUAUAUAUUCAUCCUGAAUUAUUAUGCUGUCGUGGAUUCGAUAUGAGUUUCUUGGAAAUACAAUGGUCCGAUGGAGAUCGCGAUUACUACUCUGUAAAAGCAAGAAGAAGGGAUAUCAAUUUGGAACCUAUUACAAUGGAAUACGUUGAAAAAAAUAUGAACAAAGAGGAUGUAAAAGCUCAAUCGGCCAUCAUUAGAUGUGAUAAACGUGUCGAAAUCCUAAUCCACACGGAUUAUGUAAAAGUAGGGGGGAUCAUUAACGGGGAAUUUGUUGCAGAGGAAAAAGACACAUUUGACUUUCACAAUAUUUUUUUAAGUUGAUUGUAUUUUUUUACAAAUUUAUAUUGACCAAGGUUGUAUAGUAUCCACGAGAAAAUGAACAACGUCUUUAUAUAGGCAGUUUUCUUAUGAUAAUAAAAAAAAAAGUUAUUAGUAUGCGUAAA